AUGCCCGCUGCUACCAAAGUAAUUCAGCCUGUCUCGCAGGACCUAUUCGUUCGGUCUCACAAGUCACAGAACGAGAAUGAGCGGACAAAAGGUCACGUCGGCGAUGAGUUGCACAGUAAACAGCAUAACGGGCUAGCUGGCCAUCGUAAGCCACUUUCCACGUCUUAUCCCUCCAAUAGCCUCAACUUUCUUCGAGGCCUGAACUUCGAAAAGGAUGGGAAGAUAUCAGAGAGCAACCCAUCAACGCUGAUUGCUCUUGAUAUCCUCAUUGUCGGAGCUGGUCUUGGCGGGCUUGCAACCGCAGUUGCUCUGGCGAGAAGUGGCCAUCAUGUUACUGUCUUGGAACAGGCCGCUCAAUUAUCAGAGGUUGGCGCCGGCAUCCAGAUUCCGCCAAACUCCAGCAAGCUCCUUCAAAGAUGGGGGGUGAUGGAUAUCAUGGCAGAGCAGGCAGUACGGCCUGACGGCAUCUCGUUCCGUCGCUGGGAGAAUGGCCAUCGUAUUGGCUUUACUGAUCUCUCUGAAACAUUUAUCGAGCUCUGCGGGGCACCAUACUACGUCGCACAUCGUGCUCACCUCCACUCUGCUCUCUAUCAGCGGGCCAAGGACCUUGGGGUUGCGGUUCGCUUGGAUAGCAGGGUCGCUGGCUAUAACCCUCACCUACCAAGUGCGACUCUGGCUAGCGGCGAGACUUUUUCAGCUGAUCUCAUUGUUGCUGCCGAUGGCGUCAAGUCGGUAGCUAGAAGUCUGCUUCCCUCCAACCAAGUUGGGGCAACGAACUACACUGGCUUUGCAGUCUACCGAGCCACAGUAGAUGUCAGUAAGAUGAGAAAGAUUCCAGAAAUUGCCUGGAUCCUUGAGAAGCCUGGAUUGCACGUCUGGAUUGGCGAAGAUCGUCACGUCAUGACUUACACUAUUGCUGCCGGCGAAUCCUUCAACAUGGUGCUAUCUCACAGGGACUCGAGGGAUCCUUCAACGUGGGAACAAAAGACACAAGCCGAAAUUCUGGGAGAGAUGAGAGCAGAAUUCCGGGGUUGGGACUCACAGCUCACCAAGAUCAUCGAACUGAUUGACACCACAAUCAAGUGGCCCUUGAUGGCUGGCGUCCCGUUGGAUAAUUGGGUCGCGGAUUCCGAGCGUCUUGUUAUCCUCGGCGAUGCAGCCCAUGCAAUGCUCCCCUACAUGUCGCAGGGGGCAGCCAUGGCGGUUGAAGACGGUGCCGCUCUGGCUGUGGCCCUCAACAAUAUUCAGAAUCGUGAACAGCUCGGUCUUGCGCUUCAAGUGUUCCAGGGAGAAAGGAAAUCACGCACCUCAAUGAUGCAGGAGGCCAGCAUGGUGAAUGCCCUGCUAUGGCAUUUUAAGGAUGGCCCCGAACAGAAGGCUCGAGAUGAGGCGAUGCGUCCCGAAGUUGAGGGACGCAAGUUUGCGAGCAGCCCAAAUCAGUGGUCCGACCCCCUCACUCAAUCGUGGGCUUAUGGAUACGACGCCGAGGAUAGGAUGUUGGAGAAAUGGAAACAGGAGAGUGAGGCGUAA